AUGUCAGAAGAAGAGGAUAAAGAACGGGAAGACUACAAAGUUGUGAUGGAAGAGAAAAAGAAAAAGAAAAAAGACGUGGAGGUGGGAAACAUGCAGCCAACAGAGGAAGAUGUUGAUAAAGAUGUGGAUGAUGAUUCAGAGGAACAAGACAAUGAAGAUGAUGAAUUUGUGAAAGACACAAAGAAGAAUGGAGAGAAUGGGGAAAACGAUGACAGAGAUUCAGAUGGGGAUAAAGAUGAGGGAAAUUAUAUAAAAUUAAAAAAGAAUGAACGGAAAGAAGACAAGGAAGAUGAUGAAACUGUGACACAAGAUAAAAACGAAAAUGAUGAUGGUGAGACAGAUCAUGUAGAGUUAGAAAAGGAAGACGAAAAUAAAGCAGAUGAGAGUUACAAUAUAGUGUCGGAAGAAGUGAGUAAAGAUGAGCAAGACAAAGAUAACGAUGGAACUGUCAUGGCAGAUCUUAAAACAAGGAGUGAGGCAGAUUACGAAGACACAGAAGAGGAUGUGGAAGUUGAAGAAGACGUCGCCGAUGAUAAAGAACUAGAAAAGGCUGAAGCUAAAAAAAUCAAUGGAGAUGAUAAAUUUAAUACAGAAGACAAAAAGAAGAAGAAGAAAACAAAUGGUGAUGAGGAUUAUGUAGAGUCAGAAGAUGAGGAGAAAGAAGAUGAGUGUGAUGAUAUAGAUUCAGAAGAAGAGAAUCUAAAGGAAGAUAAUGGACACCAAGAAACUAGGACAGAAGAAAAACGGAAGAAUGAAAAGGUUUGUGAAUUACAUGAUGCAGAACCAGAUUCAGAAGAGGAAAAGGAAGAUAAUAAUGAUAAAGAAGAGGAUGAUGAUUUAGAACUAGAAGAAGACAAUGACGGGAAAGAAUGCAAAGAAAACGAACAAAUCAUGACAAAAGACAGAAAGAAGGAUAUUGAAGACAGUGAGGUGGAAUAUGUGAAGGAAGAUAAAGAUGAGGGUCAAGGUAUAGACACAGAAGAGGAGGAUGAAGAGGAAGAAGACCAUGAAGAAAAUGAAACUGCGACACUGGAUAAAAAGAAAAAUGAAGAUAAUGAUGAAAACGACGAAGUAGAUCUAGAUGAGGAAGUAGAUGAAGAAGAUGAAGAAGUUGACGAUGAUCAUAUAGAGUCAGAAGAGGAUGAAGAGGAAAACAAGGAAAACGGUGACGAGAUCACGGAGGACAAAAAGACAAUUAGACAGAGUGAUGAACAAUCAAAAGAAGAAGAGGAACAUGAAGUAGAAAAGGAAACAGAUAAUAAAAUGUCGGAAGAUGGUGAAGAAAAAGAAAACAAAGAAAACGAAAUUGUCACAGAAAACAAAAAGAAGAAUGGAGAAGGGGAAGUCUUCAAAGUAGAAUCAAAUGAAGGAAAAGAAGAUAAAAAACAAGAUGAGGGUGAUAAUAUUAUAUCAGAAGAAGAGGAUAAAGAGGAGGAACACCAUACAUUAGUGCUGGAAGAGGAAAAGAACAAGAAAAAAGAGGGUGAGGAGGAAAAUAUGCAGCCAGAAGAGCGGGAUGAUGAUGCUGAUGAAGAUGAGGAUGAUGAUUUAGUGCCAGAAGAAGAUGAUGUCGAGGAAAAAGACAAUGAAUGCGAUGACUUUGUGACAGGACACACAAAAAAGAAUACAGAGUAGGAUGAAGACGACGAU